AUGUUUAAUUCUAAGCGAUCUCGGAGGUCAAGUUACGAGGACAAACAAGGAGAAACAGACCAAAUAUUGGAAAAUGAAAGUGCAAAGCCCAUAGCUGCAGAAGCCCCCAGACUAACGAUAAGAGGACUUAAAACAAGAGGUUUAAAAGCGGAGCUACAAGCGUUGAUUUACAGUGCUGCACAGUUUGGGUACGAAGUGAAACCUACUGAGGUGGAGGAAGAUAGAUCGAGGUCUGCUAACUAUGGAGAGUUGUUGAUCUUCAAGGGAAAACGAAUUCCAGAUCCUCUUGUUGACUUGGAAGACAACUGGAUCCCAGAAAAAGAAGGAGUGAAAUUUUGGCCACCAAUAAAGUUGCAUAUAUAUCGCUUUCUCAAUAUACUACACAAUCCAUUGGGAAGGAGUAGGAGUCUCUCUGGCCAACAGACUCAAGCAAAAGAUCUCAUCAACACCUUGUACCCGAGCUGCAAGAAGUCAACGGUAUUCAAAUAUCUAGAAGACGAACAGAGCAUCACAGAGAUCAAAACUACGAACUACACUCCCGAGGAAAACUUUAAUGUGGGCGAUGAAGUCGAAGUCCAAACAAGGAACACAUUUAACGUCGAAACCCUGAGCAGCAUUGGAAAUCAUGCAGAAUCGGUAGAAGCAUUUUUUAAUGUACUUCCAACGUACAGCCAAGAGCAAGUUGAUGCAGUGGAGAAGCAGACAAGAGGCCAAGCAGAGAACAACCAGUGGGCCAAAUUCCGUGCAGGGAUGAUGACAGCAUCCAACCUCAAGUCAGUUGUGACAAGACAGGCGUCAUUAAGCGAUCCUGCAUCAUCGCGCAGCCAAGAUCCCAGGCCAACAAUUAAGAGAUUGAUGGGUUACGAAACACUCAAUCCCAAUCUCCAAAGUCUAAAGUAUGGCAGAUUGAUGGAGCUGGUGUCAAGAAAAACAUAUGAAACAAUCUUGAAGGAAAAUGGGCACCAAGAUGUUCAGGUAGAAGAGUGCGGUCUGUUUAUUGACAGAAGCAAAGUGUUUCUGGAUGCAUCGCCAGAUGGUUUGGUAUCCUGCGCAUGCUGUGACGAGACAGGAUUACUCGAGAUAAAGUGUCCGCGCUCUAUCGCCCUCGACGAGCCUUCAGCCGAGAACCUUGACUGGUUGACUGUAAUAAAUGGCUCUUCACAGCUAAAGAAAAAUCAUCAGUACUACUACCAAGUACAGUCGCAAAUGGGCAUUACAGGACGAAUAUGGUGCAAAUUCUUUGUGUACACACAAGCUGGUUUUCACCUUAAACGCAUCUACUACGACAUUGGAAUGGGGACUAGUGCUGUGGAUGUUGUAGAGCAGUUCUUCAGGGAAUAA